CGCCUCGUCAAUAUCCCAGGGUCCAAUGCCACACGUCCGCUCUCCGCAAGCAAGGAUCAUUGAGAGAGCUGGUCUGGUCGAGGUGAGCACGCUGAACUUUGCUGCUGACAUUUCAAGCAUCCAGAGUGAAGAUGGGAGUCCGCAGGCUGGAGAGUCAGAAAGAUUUUGAAAUGGUGAUAAAGGAAGCAGGAUGCAAAUUGGUCGUCAUUGACUUCCAAGCAACAUGGUGUGGACCUUGCAAAAUAAUCGCUCCCACCUUCCACAAACUGGCAGAAAACAAUCCAAGUGUCAUUUUCUGUGAAGUUGAUGUGGAUGAUGCAGCUGAUAUUGCCGAACACUGUAAUAUAAAGUGUAUGCCAACGUUCGUUUACUACAAGAAUGGAGAGAGGUUGUUCGACUUUUCUGGAGCAAAUCACACAACUUUGGAACAAAAAGUUAAAGAGUUGCAGUAAUGGUCAUGCCCGCUUUGUGAAAAUGUUUCAGUCGAGUUUCCAAGUGCAAAAGAUUUGCUUCCUUUUUGCAAGAAAUGAUUCUAAAAUCAGAUUUAUUUGUCCCGAUUUUUCUUCAGAAUAUAUAAUCAUCCAAUCACAUCUAAUCUGAUACAAAAAGUUCCAGGUGUGCAUAAGCAUAAAAUACCAGCCCAACUAGUUGAAUGCUGAACAAAAAAACGCCUGCUCAGCAUUAGUACCUACACAUGUCUUUAAAUUGGAUCACUGUGUAAUUUGUUUUGAGCUAAAGCAUUGCAAAUUUUUUUUUUUGAAACGGAUCAAUUAACUAGACUAUUUGAGGAAACUUUUUGAAUUGUAAAUUGGUCUCCGAGGUAUUUGCUAAACAUGCAAUAUAACAGCAUGCGCUGGAUCUGAAACUGUUCUAUUGACUUCCAUAGAACUAAAUUUGAGGUGGAGUAGCAGCCUUUGUUAUAUUAAAUGUUUUGUAUGUGCAUUGGGACCAAUUUCUCUCCAGCUUACACAGUCCUUUUUUUAAGGAAUUACUUUCUGUUCUAUAAUUUGAUAAAUUACCGAUCUAAUUUUGAAGAGUCCUGUCUUGCAAAUCACAGCUGAUCUUUUGCUUUUUUUUUGUGCAUUUUCCCCCCACAAACUCUAUUUCGGCUAGUUUCGAUUUAAUGUAAGUCUCUUGAAGGAUAGUCAACUGCAAGAAAAAAUCUAUAUAAUAGUUGAUAGCUGCAGUUUCCACCUGAUUUAAUUUAAAAAUAUUGGGUUGGCUGCCAUUUACUGUUUCAACAUUCAAUUAUUUCUCUGAAACAAUUUGUAUUUUGUUCUAUUGUCCUACCUUUGGGGUGCUCUUUUCUGACAAAUGCAUAGAUCCUGUUAGAAUUAUCCCUUUCUUUAGUUGGCUCACGCACAAACUAAUAUUUAAUGUAAAUUUGAUGUGCAAAAUCUACACAUUUAUUCAAAUACUACACAUAUACCCAGUUUCUCCUGAGAAUUCCACCAGAUACUACAGUUGAAGAUUAUGUGCCUGCAGCAAAUGGAUAAAAUAGUUUAUUUAAAUGUUGUUUCCUGCCUCAUUCUCUCUGUUGUGGGUAGUUUUGUGUUUAUACACAUCAUCUAUUUAAGAAUGCAAGUGUCACCUCAGAACUUCAAUAAUUUAAAUAGUGAUCAUUGAAUGAGGCUCUUAGUCAUCAGUGUCCUGUUCUGGUCAAACAGAAUUGUCAUUGCCAUUUUCACCUAAGCCUGUGCCUUCUGAAUGUAGCCAGCUUAUUGGUAAGUUUAUUUAGGACCAAUUGUUGAAUUUGCCCAUUGCAUUUAAUAUGAUGUAUGUUAUUAAACACAAACUUGAUUCACA